AUGUGCUGCCCCUGGAUUGAGACUGCCUCUGCCUCCCUUGGUACCGUAUUCAUUAGCCUUUUGAACACGUCCAGGCCAGGGGUGCCUCAAGGGAGGUGCUCCUCCUUGCACCUGAUCCCCGAGCCAUCGCACCUGCCUGACCCCAGCCGCAUCCCCCAACAAUACAGCGCAACUGGGGUGCUGACGGAGGAAGCCAUUACGGGGUUGAAACGAAGGUGCCUUCUAGGCGCCAUCAAUCAACGUCAAAUGGUCCCUCCGUCGCCAUCGCCGUCGCCGUCAUUGUCAGCCAUACAGACCAAGGCACCGUCUUACCUGUUUGCUGUUCGUCCGAUAUCCUCACCCUGGACAGCCUUUGCACUGCCCUCACCUGAUGCGAACUUUGUUUCUUCGUCUCAUUGCUUCUUCAUUCCGACGUUGAGAGCUCAAAUUGGUCCGAUUCUCCUGAUGCGCGGACCUGCGUUCAACGACUUCAUCACGCUCCCCGCAGGCAUGGAAAGGAAUCUCCGUUCGCCCUCCGCGCCAGAGUGGCUUCACAUGCGACCAGCUGCGGGCCCUGAGACUCUGGCCUUUUUGGUCGCAGAGGUUUCGACAUGGUGGGAGGCGCCGUCCAAGAUCAGCUUAAACGUGGAACUAGAGGGCGGCUCCCAUCUUCGCGCCGGCAUUUCAGGCCUUGCAAUUAGCUUGCGGCGCUUGCCUUUGCUGUAG